AUGAAGAAGAGACCAACCGACCAGGAGCUCGCACUAAAUGUAGGUCACUUUUUAUUCUGGAGUUAAUUUGGCCUAGUCAGUCUACCAAACUUUUUAAAAAGAAUUUGGCAUUUCUACAGUGCGUGACCGCGAUCUCAUGAAAUUUUGGCCAAAAUUCUGGAAUGCAAUUCCGAUUAGGAAGGAUUACUUAAGUGGGGUUGUUAUACUGAUUAUCACGCAGCAUAACCCUAUAACAUUUCGGACUUGCCAGGAUGUCGACUUUUAAAUGCCCUUCUUUCUGACAUCGUACAGAAAUUACACUUGGUGAUAAAUGACUACUUAAGUAGCAUGCAUUUUUCAUAUUGGUUUUCGAUGGUCUUAUAAAUUCUAAUAGAUUUUACAGAAAACAUGCACGAAAAUAUGCUUUUUGGCUCAUUUGGUAGUAAAUUCAAUUUUCUUCAUAUUUUAAAUCCGAAGAAAGUGUGUCUUUCGGUUUUUAAAAAGUUUCCCGACCCCCGAAUAAUUGUCCGCCUGAUCUGCCAUUGCAUUAGCGUUUAGCAAUUCCAGUCUACAAGAUGCAUGCUUUUCGCGUGAGGAAAAUCAUAUAUUCCUCUAGUCCUUUAAGAAGAUACCACACAGAGUUCAUGAAAUUUUGCAAUGGAUCUGGGCUGUGUUGUACAUUUCAUGAGGAGCAUUAGUAGAAGGACAUGUGCGGUCUUGCAUGCAUGGACAUCUCACGGUCUUAAAAACCUCAUAAAUAGGAACUUUUUAAAACCAAAUAUGCACUUUCUUCGGGCUUAAAAGAUGAACACAAUGUGAUUUCCUACCAAAUGAGCAAAAGAAGGCAUAUUUUCGUGCAUGUUUUCUAUAAAAUAUAUUCAAAUGUAUAAAACCAUCGAAAAUCAGUAGGAAAAGGGCAUGCUACUUGAAUAGUCAUUUAUUACCAAGCGUAAUUUCUGCAGGAGGUCCGAAGUAAUCCUUCCUAAUCGAAAACGCAUUUCGGAAUCUCGGCCAACAUUUCAUGAGAUCAGUCACGCUCUGUCUGUCGGGAAGUUUCCGAACGACUGUUGUACAUUGUAGGGUUCCUGGUUGUUUCUUUUGGUAUUCUACAUGUUCCUCCUUUAUCUCUUUCCCUUUAUUUUUCAGCUCUUCAUCAAGCAACUGGCUGUUGAGCUACUUGAUCGCCGUCUUACAAUUAUUCAGCAACCCCGACACCGGUUGGCCCAACUGGAGGCCGCAUGCCAGCGACAAUUUCCUGACUUCAACGAACGCCAAAUUCGACUCAAGGUUCGGGGUCAGUUGAAACUUUACCGACGGAAUCUCAAGAAGGCGGAGGAACGCCUGGCCGGUUGUCUCAAGUCCACAACCUCUUCCUCCUCCGCAUCCUCCUCCCCCACCGUCUUUUCAACGCAACAACCUUCCGGCCAAACCUCAAACACUUGUCUUAUUGUUCCGUCUAGCAACACCAACGGAACCACGCUUGCCAAUGACUCUGUGGGGAGACCUGGCCCCUUCUACACGGUAGCUGCUGAAGGUAUUCACACACUUCUGCCGUCAUCAGAGACCUGCUCCACUUGCAAUCCUUCGGUUGUACGGCUAGCACAGACGGCUCUGCUCAACGAGCAACGUCGAAAAGGCCAAGUUUGUCACGAGAUACUAUCUCAGACGCCUGUAAGCAGUGGGGGUGUUGGCGGUUGUGGCACUCCGAGAUCUCUGCCUGCUGGCGGCCCUGUCUUGCUGACCGCUUCCUCGACAUUAGCCAAUCAGACUCCUAGAACACAGAAGGUCCUGCCAGAGCUGAGACCAGUAAGUUCUUCUGCGGUUUCAUUGAAUGUUCGCAUUUGGGUUGUGCUGGACGGUUAGUUGAUAUUUGUUAACUUGUUAGAAUGAGAAUACUAAGAUUCAGAAUCGUUUGGAGGAUGCCACUUCCGUUUUCGGGAUUGGUGGGCAAAGUGAAAACGACCUGUCCUCUCUUCUCGAUGCAACCCUAACAAGGCACCUCGUACACGACCACGACCACAACCACGACCACGACCACGACCACGACCACCACCACCACCACCACCACCACGACCACCACCACCACCACCACCACCACCACCACCACCACCAGCACCAUGAAUUGGCAUAAUUAUGAGACCGCAAGCUGUACAGUCCGAAUAGUUGAACGUUGGGAGAUCAAGGCGAGCUCGGACGAGGGGAAAGACUUAGAAAGGCAGAAGUUAGAUGCGACGAAAAUGCAUUAAUAAUCUCUAUUUCGUCGAGCUCUGUUGGUCCUAUACCGAUCAGUGAAGAAUGGCGCACACAGCGACCGCUUACGGGCGCAAACACCAGAUGAAUACUGAUUUUUCAUCAUAUAUGACGAUGAUCUGGGGAACUAGCGUCAAAAAUUGACCUAAUGAAGCUCUCUAUAUUUUUUUUGAAAGAACGUGUUUACAUUAAAUAUAUAUAUUUUUGGGCACCGGUUCCUUAUCAAAAUGCAUUUUGGAAAACUGACGUCGUCCAGUAUCUCAUGAGCCAUGUUAGCGGUAUAAAAAUGGACUUAUAUUGUUUCGAACUGACAUAAAUUUCUGCGGUAUUGUCCCUCCUAAUUAUUUUGGCGAAUGGAUUCCGUAAAAUGUCAGUCUGUGUAUCUGGAAAUCUAGACACCUGAGGUAACCUUCUAAACAUAUAAUAUUUUACGAUACGAGUCCUUGAAAGUUGGAAGACAAGAAAACACCGAAAUCAAACCUUCCCUUUCUCUGAAGGAACAGUGCUAGGAAGCGAACCGACACAAACGGCGGCAGUUCAGGGCAUACAAAAGGCUCCUAAGUGAGUCCCCCAGCGUUCUCUAUGUGGAUUUUGAUACGUAAACUCCAGAGAAUGCUAAAGGUAAUGAUUUCAGAAAGUAUUUAGUUCAGGACAUGGAGUAAAGUUUCCGGGACAUGGUGUUUUAGUGUAAGAACGAAGUGUCAAUAGACAUUUGAGCCGAAGACAAUAAACUAUUUUAGAAUAACUACGUAAUAUAUACAAAUAUAUACAGAAUAACAUUUCCAACAAAGAUAAGGAAGACCGGAAUGGGCAUUUCUGAUUUACUAGUAGUCAACAACCAGCCAUACCCAACCUCACAAGGCCCAAACCUGCGCUCUGUUGACUAGAAGCCCAAAAGUCUAACCACUGAAUCACGGUCAUUGGCGAUAAUGCUGGCUUCAAGUGCUGAACUUGAAGAAAGGGGUAGGGCGAUCUUUUGGGAGGAUGGUUUAAUUAUAUACACACGUAUGCAUAUGGCAGGGUGAGUGUUCACCGAUCGGGUUACUUGAUAUGUCCUUCCCGUUACGCCUUAGGAUUCUAGAUCCCUCAGAGACUGAUCCCUCUCAUACAGUCGCAUAAAGACCAGUAUUCUGUGCAAGGAAGGAGUACCGAUCAAGAGGAGGUAUACUGGGACGACCGUUUUUGGCUUAUCCACCGUCAUCAACCAGCCAUGUCUGUGCAUAUAUAUAUGAAUAACUGAGGUAGUAUGCAUUCCGAGACGAUAUAAUAAAAGAAUAAGGCUCAUAGGAAAAUGUUAAAGUCCGUUACACCAACCCGUCGUCAGACGAAAUGAAAAGUGUGAGGGAGAUAAUCUCACUAGGGAGCCAUAUACAUAUAUGCGUAUGUAUUACUAACUACCCGUCGACUGCUUGUGGGCAUUAUCUUCCAUUUGGCACAAGCUGAUGUGAUUCGACCCUAAUGUUGAGAUUGAAUUCCGGAACAAACCUGAAAAGGAUUUGCCACGAAGACUUGACUUCAAGUUCACUAAUUAACUCCUGAGUGAAGUAAAAUACUUAUUGCUUAAAAACUGACGUGUUAAUAUAGCGGAAGCCGUAUGGAGAACGCGAAGAGCAGACCGAUGACCGGAGUCCAUCGCAGUUGCAUCCCACAGCGGCAUAAAGUCAGCGAACCACGCAGCAAGGCUUUUUGUUAGUGAAUGCGCUGGGAGCAUGCUGUCUCGAUAUCAAUGUAGAUUUUGAACCCGCCUUUUUCCGAAACCCACUAUAUCUGAGUCAGUGGCUGGACCAACUGUGGUGAGCGCAGACAGACUACUUAUGGAGCUUUGUCAGACAUCGCGCUCGUGCCCAUCUACAGUCGUCUGUUCCACUGAAAUGGUGUCGGCUAUCGCUUCCUAUUCUGUUCAUGUGGUUUGGCAAAAAAAGACGUAAGUUGAGCAGAGUCAGACAACUGAAUCAAUAAAAGAAAGGAAAGGAUAUUAUGUCUGUCGCCAUUCCGUUCGGUGUGCGUCACAGCUUUAGAACCCCUACAGCUGACUCCUCGAUAUGAGUGAAGAUGGUAGCCAGUAAAAGGUAGGCCGGACAAAUGACAAGAAAUGAAUCUUGGUCACUUUAACUUGUUUUGUUUAGGCCGCUCCUUGGUUUUGCAGCUUUAUUUUGCAAUUACUUGCUGCCCUUAACCGCUCACACAUGUCUGUUGGUCUUUACCAGAAUCUUCAGGCCUUACAGCCAACUACAAGAACUGUACCGAUGAAUGACACUGCAAAAGUUUCCUCCAAUUCCGGGCCAGUCAUCGCUGCACCAUUUGAGCAGCCACAAAAGACACAAAAUAUCCUCCCGUCAGCUGUUAACCUAAGCCUUCGUGGAGGCACUUCAACAAACGGAAAAACUCAACACCAGUCGGUGCCCAUCAAGCCGUGCGACGCUGUCCUAGCAUCAAAUGGUUUGAACCAAACCCUCCCAGCUAUGCCAGUGGUCAGUCGAGUAUCGAUUUAUCGCCUUUAAUCGCUAAUCUAUUCUUAUUCAGGCUCGUUCAUGCGUUAAGACCUUAUUUUACCUCUUCAGUUUAAUGAGCCAACGACGGACACCAGUCAGCUCAAUGAGACCUGGCCUCUGCCUGAUGCCCCGAAUACCCUAAUCGCCAGCUGCCUGAGACUGACAGCCAACUUUUUGAUCCAGAGUGCUGCCUUCUUCGAGAAUAAGGCAUUAAUGCAGUCGCCACUGGCAUUUGCCGAGCUUCCGCCCUGUCUGCCAUUGGUCACCACCCCCAUCCUCUCCAUGCCCUUUUAUCCCAGUUUCUCAGAUGCCCCAAAUCUGUCUUCAACGCCCCUCAAGGCGAAUCAGUCUGAUCCGGUGUUGGCACCGCCAGCCCCGAAACCGUCCACUGUAACUUCAAUACAGGUGCCGCAACAGAUGAUGCCGGGCGCACAAGUACAGCUUGUUGCAACUGCAGUCACCCAGCCCCACACCACGCCAACAGUGGUUUCAGUCGCCUCAUCUACGCCACCGCAACCGAACUCCUGCGGGAGCGCUUGA